AAGGAGCCAAAAGGACAAAAAAACGUUUACUUCCGGUGUUGCGCUUUAGCGCCUCUAGUGGUUUAAUUAACGAAGUAUAACUUUAAGGUGGUGUCGGGCUGUCUCCUGGAAGCGCAGUUAACUACACAGAUUAUUUAAACAACCGACUUUAAGUUAAGAGCGCUGACAGGGAUGUCAAGCAAAAGAUCAAGAAACGGUAGUGGAUCCGGGCUGAAUGUCACAGUUCCGAGAUGGGAGGAAAUUCAAGAUUUUUGCAACCCAGACAAACUGCUGUUAUGUCCAUAUGACCCAAGUCAUUUAAUUCGGGCCUGCCGGUUUCCUUACCACCUCAUUAAAUGCAGGAAGAAUCACCCUGAAUUGAUCGGUGAGUUGUGGACGUGUCCAUUUAACGCACGUCACUUGAUGAGAAAGGAUGAACUGUCCCAUCACAUCUCAACCUGUUUGGACCGUUGCUCUGUUAAUGAAACUUAUGUGGAGAAUGAUAAGAUCGAUAAGUUUCAAAUCCCUGUGAGCACCUGGACUGCCCCUGCCUGUGAUGAAGACUGGGAUGAAGAGAUGGACAAGAAUGCAACAAUAGCGUCAUCCUUUGUCUGGCGUAUGUCCACGUCUCGGCAACCUCAGGACAGGGAGGAACAAAGCAAGUGGAACCCUGGGCUUAGGGCACCAAGAGUUCUUCCCUGGAAAGUGGGCGAGUAGCUGCUCACAACGAUUUCUUUACAAGACUACCACUGUACACCGAGGACUGGACUCUACGAGUGUGUGGUUACAUGUUCUGUUAUUUGUUGGUCACUAGUGUUACAGUGACAAUUUUUUCCGUUUUCCAAAGGUGGAGCUGUGAAAGUUGUUCUUGGCUUA